AUAGAACACAUUUCAGUUAUUGUUAAGAUACCACGUUGAACGACCGCGUCCGCAGUCAGAAAGUUUGUCCGACAUUUAAACGCGAGUGUUCACUUUAAUUAAUUAUAUUAUCCUUUGCUUUUUUAAGACAUAAGUGUUAAGGGACGAUAAUCAAAGGUAAAAGCAGAGGGUUUGUCAGCGAUGCGGGCGGGCCUCUCGUGACAGUAUAGAAGUGAACACUAGAAGACGGUGACAUCUGACGGACAUGGCGCUAUCAAAUAACUCCUUCUCGAAGACCUACCAUCGGUUAUUUGUAGAAUUAGCCGAUCCGCGAACGAAUGAUUGGUUCUUAAUAACGAGCCCUGUGCCGGGGCUGACGAUUCUCGGCCUGUACUUGUACUUCACUUUGAAAUGGGGCCCACGCUACAUGGCCGACAAGAAACCCUUCCAGCUGCAGAAGACUUUGGUCAUCUACAACUUCAUCCAAGUCUUUCUCAGCAUUUGGUUGUUCUACGAGGGGCUCGAUGCUGGUUGGUUGAGGACUUACAGCUGGAAGUGUCAACCGGUUGAUUUCUCAAGAUCACCUGAAGCUAUGAGAGUCGCAAGAGGGGUUUAUGUCUAUUUCCUAGCGAAGAUGUCCGAACUUCUAGAUACGAUAUUCUUCGUCAUAAGAAAGAAGAAUAGACAGAUCACAUUCCUGCAUAUGUACCAUCACACGGUGAUGCCGAUGAUCUCUUGGGGUGCCACCAAGUACUACCCGGGUGGCCAUGGAACUCUGAUUGGUGUCAUCAAUUCCUUCGUCCACAUCGUCAUGUAUACAUACUACAUGCUAUCGGCGAUGGGACCUCAGUACCAGAGAUUCUUGUUCUGGAAACGGCACAUCACCACCUUACAAAUGCUCCAGUUCUGCAUAACCUUCAUCCAUUCAUCUCAACUACUGUUCUACGACUGCGGCUACCCCCGAUGGUCUGUCGUCUUCACGCUGCCAAACUCUAUUUUCUUCUACUAUCUGUUCUAUGACUUUUACUACAAGGCUUAUGGGAAACCCUCCGAUAAAAAGGCAAAGAGUGAAGUAAAGAAUGGCACUUGCGGUCAGGAGUAUUCAGAGAAAAACGGUACAGCUAAUGGUCAUAUAACAGAUAAGAAUUACAGUGCGUUCCAAAGCAACGGUGAGGUUAGAAAUAAAAUAAAAAAGGAUAAUUAAAAUUUCGAUUGAAGGAGAUAUUGUACAUAGUAGAUUAUUGAUUGUAAAUAAAGAGAAGCUACGAUAUUAUGAUCUACGAAAUAAAUACGGAUAUAGUACGAAUUGAGUUAAGAAGCCUCGUAUGCACAAGUGAUAGAUAUAAGGAGAAAAAAGUUACCAAGUUUUAAUCGAAUGACGAUAGAUGGCGGUUUUAAGCAAUAGUUUUAUUGUUUGAGAAAGUGAAUCGCAGUAGAAGAAGGCCUUGCAUAAAAUAUCUCAUGAUCAGAAAAGAGUACCUUGACUGUAAUGACUAUUGAUAGAUACGGUGAGAGAUGAAGAUAUUCUAUAAGUUGUUUAAUGUUUUCUUAAAAUACCUAUAAAUACUAAUAAUGUUAAUAAAUAACGCCAUGCUACUGAAAUCUUGAUUGUCUUGCUUCUACGAUAUAAGAAUUUAGGAAUACAUUUAUCUAGGACUUUUAGAUAAAUAUUAUUCUAUACAUAGUGACAAAAACAAAUAUUAUUCGUUAGAAUGUACAGUACAGUACAUAAACUAUGAGAAAUUUUGUUUUUAAUAAAUACCACUUUGUUAAUGUUGUUAAUAAUACGAUGUAAACAAUAUUAAAAACAUAGUUAUGUAAUGAAAUUAUAUAAUUGUAUUUUCAAAUGAUAUUUUGUGUUUUAAAACUUCAAAGCAGUGGCAAUGUCGUAUUGUCAUCGAUCAAAAGUUUUUAAUCAGCGCCCCCUAUCGAACGUGAAGUACGCCAAUAAAUAUCGUACAAAGUCGACGUUGUUACGAAUAUGUUUUCUCAACUAUCAUCAAACAUUGAUGAUAGCAACAAUAAGAAUUUCAAAUAAACUUUAUUUAAAAUAUAAUGAAAUACAUAGUCAAUGUAUAAGAAUACUUGUUAUUUUUAAAUGUUAAGUGAAGAAUUAUUUGUAUAUAUUUUGUUUUAUGUUAAUCUUAAAAUAAACUGUGAAUUA